UUCCACAACAACAAGAAGCUGAAAAACAAGGAAGUGAAUGAUUGUGAAGCCGUAACCUGUUUCUAAGGCCGUGACAAGAUACACCGAGCUCCGUUUAACCUGAAAUUCCCCAGUCGCCGCAUCAGUCCAGAACAAUGAACAACAAAGGUUCAUAUCCUCAGCAGGCUGUGUACCCUCAGCAGAGCUCUGCACCCGUAUACCCUCCUGCUAUGCAAAUGUCUCCUCAGGCACCUCCUUACACAGACACACCACCUGCGUAUUCUGAGAUAUACCAGCCCAGAUACAUGCUUCCUCAUCAGGUGCCCAGUCAGGUGGCACAGAUGUCCUCUCACUACCCUGGUGCUCAGAUGUUUAUGCCCAUGCAGCCACAUAUGCAGGUUGGGCAAAUGGGCCAGAAUGUCCCAAUGGCUUACUAUCCAAUGGGAGCCAUGUACCCCCCUGGUUCAACAGUGAUGGUAGAUGGGGGCUUUGAUGCUGGUGCUCGCUUCACAGCAAGCAGCGGUGUUUCCAUCCCACCCCCACCUCCUGGACACCCCCCCAAUGCAGCUCAGCUGGCUGCCAUGCAGGGGGCCAAUGUUGUAAUGGCACAGCGCAAGAACAACUUCUUCCUGGGUGGAUCCAGCGGAGGUUAUACCAUCUGGUAACAGCAACUCCUCAACUCCUCCUUCAUGCCUCAACCGUGUCCCUGCCCCAAAUGAUGCCCCAGUUCUUCCCCCAUCCCAUACGCCUCCCUCUUCAGGCUGCUUGGCCAUGCCACAAUACUGAUAUCACCUAACGGAAUGUAAUAUUUUAGCGCCCUUCUAAAAGGUACAGUACUCCACUUCUGACCCAGAGAUCAAAUGAUGAAUGCCACUGCCUGAAGAGAACAAAUGCUAAUUUUUAAUGUCGUAGAAUUCAUUCCAUAGUAGUCUUUAAUGGGUUUAACCCCUUUUGAUCAUUCCAGCUUGGACCUCUUUCAGGCAUCUGUAUUUGUUCAAGAGACCUGGUCUCCUUUGAUCGAAUGGAUCACAAAUUACAUUGAGAUGUUCUUGUAUACCUGUAAAAGCAACGUAAAUUAAAUAUUGAAAUAUCCGACCCGCGUUCUAUAGUUUAGCUGCUUUAUCGUGAAAGUGAAACGCAGUUACAAAGUUGCAGUUAACGUGCAAAAAAAAAAAAAUUCCAUUUGUCUUUUUUGAAAACUUCUACUGUAGUUCAAUUAAUAGAUGUGUAACAGUUUCAUGUAAAUACCAGUAUGAUGAUGAGAAAUUUACAUCUCAACUAUACAAAAAAAAGAAGCUUCUGGGAUGCUUUAGCUAGAAUUGUCUCGUCCUUUUAAAAUAUCACAGCAAAUUAAUUGUACAGUCUAACUGACAGAUUGUUACAUUUAAAUCUCUUGUAAAUUAAAUUAAGCAAAUAAUUUAAGAAAAGAUUUCAUGCAAUAUCCAAAGUGGUUUACUGUACCUUGUUGGGCAAUUUGUAGAUGAACAUAGUGAAGUGCCAAAGAGCACUGGGGGUAGCCCUAAUUUCAAGCAAAUUAACUUCAGUAAACUUAAAGGAAAGAAAUUUAAAGUAAAUCCAAAUAGUAAGUUGAAUAGGAAGGGGUGGUUGGUGUAACAUUUUUAGAUUUCUUUUUAUUUCUUUUCUCCUGUUUCUAUUUCACAGUCGGAUACCCAGAGUUUAUACACUAAAUGUUUUAUUGUACAGACUUCAAGAACUACUCUCCACUGUUUGUUUUUUCACACAGUAUCAUUUAGAAACAUAAAUCCAAUUUUUAAAGUAUUUAUUCACCGUAGAAAAGUGUCACCUUUGUGAUAGCAUUAGUUUCUUGUCGUUUGAAAAGGUUGAAGAAACUUUAAUAAAUAUUUCAGUGUUUCUUUUUUUUCCAUUCAUUACUUUCCUCAUUUACACGACUGGUUAGGCUGAUGCUUUUUUUUGUAUAACCAAGUAUGAUUGGUUUUAUUAUUAAUUUGGUCUACAAUGCACUUACGUUUGGUUAUUACUUAAAAUGUUGUUAUUUGAAGGCAAACAUCCCUGAAUAAGCAGGUAUGAGUUGUUAGACCUUCAGUUUGACAUGAAUAAAAUUGUUAGUUAUUGUGCUAAUGUCACAUUAUGUGGAUUAAUCAAAUCUUUAAAUUGAUGCAUCAUUUUGCACUUAUGUCAUAUUGUAUUAAAUGUGUUUUAUCAGAGAUGCACACUAAUGAGUUGUUGUGCAGACUAGGGGCUACUUUUUUAUGUUUUCAUGGCUUAAAAGAAUAACUGGGAUUUCUGGACCCUUUUUAGAAAAGUCAAGUCCAUUUGAAAGUAAAGUUGAGAUGUGUCAUGCUGUUUGGUAGCCUUAAAGUGUAUGCAAUGAAACGUAGUGUCUCAUAACACACACAUUCAUUUGCAACCCAUUUUUUGUGCGGUUAAUUCAACUUUAGAAUCUGCACAAUACAAUCUUAAAGAAGCUCUCCGGAAACUCGCCACGUUCGUAUGGAUACAAUAAACGUAUAUAUGUGUAGACAUCCUUAAUUUUGGUGUCCGGUAGCGUUGUGUCACUGGGUAUCCGACACGCCAGAUCAAGUUUUAACAGCUGUGGCCGCCAGAAAAAGAAAAUCCGCUGUUGCUGUCGAGCGACAUUCAGUUAUUUUUGUUUCGGGUCGGAGAGAGCAGCUGUCUGAAAAGUGAGCUGCGGUCAUCCGAUGAAUUCCUUUCAGCAGCUCAGACAAAGCUACUCUACUGGACGUGAGCGACGCGUCACUGGGGUUCUUUAAAUGGCUCAAUGUUCAUUUACUCUCAAUCAUACUGUCGUUUCAUACAGCUCUGCUGGGGAAGAGGCCGCAGCUAUCAAAACUUUAGAAAAAAACGAUUGAUUCAGUUCACGGUUUUAUUAUUUUCAUCUCUGGUUUGUGAAACAGCAUAAUAGUGGCUUUGUCCCAACAAUAUGAAGCACUGUAAACUACAGCUGACGAGUAGAUGCUAUGCCAACCACAGCCAGCCAAUGGAUUACUCUUUGUUGAAGGAUUAUGGACGUUUAUAGUUCAGGGAUUCUCUUUACAACACAUUGUAAAAUAGAUGUACUAAAGUAACGUGACAGACUUUGGUACACAUUCUAUCUUUUAAGAUUACUAAAGAUGAGUGUCAAAAAGAUGGAAUACUUUGGACGAAAAAGGUCUUAGGUGCACUUAACUUUUUUAUACUAAACUUAAAAUUUAAAAUGUAAGUUUAGAAUAAAGGUUAUUUUGGAAAUUUGAAA